AUGUCGCCCACAGUCACACCCAUAGACUUCUCCGCCACUCCCCUCGCGGACUCAUACACGGGCUUCUACGCUGUUGUCCUCGACAACGUCUUUAGUGCGGACGAAUGUGGGAUGCUACUCGGAGCGGCACAGACGGCGGGAACGUGGGCGCCGGCCGGGAUGAUGGCGCAUGCUGACAAGGAGACGGUGCACUCAAACUUCCGGCACAGCGAACAGAUCGUGCUUGUGGACAAGUCGGUGGCGGCGGGGGUGUUUGAAAGAGUACGGGAGCUGGUGAGUGAACUGGGGCUAUUGGAACCGCAGGGGAAGUGGGGUGGGAUUGUCGGGAAGGCAAAGAAGACCAAAGAAAAGCAAAAUUCCGGGGAGGAGCGCCCGCCGAGGAAGUUUGAGGUCAAAACGCAGAAGGCGAGUUGGCGGCUUGUCGGGAUGCACCCGCGAUUGAGCUUUCUGCGAUAUGGCCCAGGACACUACUUCAAGCCACAUUGCGAUGGACUGAACGAGCUCACUGAGGGCGUUUCGGUCCCACAAAAGUCCUUCGUCACAAUUCAUCUGUACCUCAACGGCCUAGACGACUCGCCAGACCCACUCGUUGGCGGUGCCACGCGCUUCUGGACCCCGGACAAGAAGCAUUUCAUCGAUGUCGAGCCGCGGGUGGGGAGAGUGCUGGUCUUCCAGCAGCGCAUGUUAGUUCAUAGCGGAGAGGAAGUCGUCAGUGGGGUCAAGUACAGUAUGCGCGGGGACUUGAUGUACGAGAAGACAGAGUGA